UAAAACCCUGCGCCGCGCCGCCACAUCCGCCGUUCCCCACGACCACGACCACCGCCGCCGACGAAUUCCAGGGCCAUGGCGUUGCGCGGUGCCGCCUCCCGCUGCUUCCUCGCCGCCGUCCGCGGCCGCGCCGCCUCCGCGUCGCGCGUCCGCGCGGCUCCAGCUCCACUCCCCUCCGCUCCACCACGCCGGGCUGCCUUCUCGCCGUUUGCCGCUGCCGCUGCGAGGCCGAUGGCGGCGGCGGCGAUGAUGGGGUCGCCGGCGGCGGUGGCGGCGAGGCUGACCGGGCACCCGUCGGCGAGCGUGCGGGCGUGCUGUGAGCUCUCCCAGGGAAAUGGAGAUGAUGCAUGACGCCUGGGAGGCCAGUUUAAAGAAUAGUGAAGGUAAUUGAGGCUUGAAAACAUUACUGUUCCUUUUGCUGCUAGGAUGCGAGGUUUACAGAAGCUUUGUGGCUCCUCUGUUUUUUCCUGCCUAAUGGGAAGUUAAAAGAAACUCCCUAUUUUUAGUUUCCUAGUCCCGUAGUGAAAACAACAGUCAACAUGAUUACUACAUUAAUAAUCCUCUGUUAACCGGCUACUCGUUAUGUUCUGUAAAAGUUGCCGCCAUGCUUUCAUGUUCUUUUUACUGCAUAACGAUGCAACCUGUUUCCUAAUGCGGAUCAUUUGAAAAUCGUGAGAAGUGAACAUAAGUUUACUAGCUGGCUCUGGUACAGAAACUAGAGAUUUA